AUGUUCUGGUUCAAAGCUGGAUCCAACAGAUCCUAUCCAAAUAUCAUCUACACUGAUGGUAAAAGAGCUGAUAACUGUAAGAAAAGUCCAAACACCGGAAAAAAAUGUAUCUAUAACUUCCCCAAGAACAUCAGCUCCUCUGAUCCUGGGACUUACUACUGUGCUGUGGCUACAUGUGGAGAAAUCUUACUAGGAAAUGUCAUCAGAAAGGAAGGAGGAAACUCAAAGAAGACAUCCAGCUACACUGUUGUUCAGCAGUCAACAGCCUCAGAGUCGUCACGUCCACAAGAAUCAGAGACUCUGCAGUGUUCAGUUCUCUCUGAGUCAGAGAACAAUUCAUGUUCAGAAGAUCUAAGCAUGUUCUGGUUCAAAGCUGGAUCCAACAGACCCUAUCCAAAUAUCAUCUACACUGAUACUAAAAGAGCUAAUAACUGUGAGAAAAGUCCAAAUACCCGAAGAAAAUGUACCUAUAACUUCCCCAAGAACAUCAGCUCCUCUGAUCCUGGGACUUACUACUGUGCUGUGGCUACAUGUGGAGAAAUCUUAUUAGGAAAUGUAAUCAGAAAGGAAGGAGGUCAAACACCACUUUAUAAAAUUCCGAUUCUGCUGAUCACAAUAACCAUUAUGACCUUUUCUCUGACUGUAAAUGUAAUUUUGAUCUGUUACCAAAGUCACGACUUAGCAGGUCAAAUCAUCAAAGAAAGUUCCUCUGAAGAAGAGAGGAAAAAGUUCAACCAACAAAGAGAUGAAAUUCCUGAGGACAGGAUCUGGUCUACUGUGCGUUACAUUUUUUUGAAUGAAAGAUGCCUAGAGGAACAAAGAAGAGCAAAUUGAAGAUUAAAAAAAAUCUGUUUGAAUGAAUGUCGAGAUGAAAUUUGUACUCUUUCCCAAAAACAACGCCUUUCUCCUUGUGUUAUCACAGCUUUGUUUUAUUUUUAUGUUUUACAAGUUGUUUAUUUUAGAAAAAUAAUGUUACAUAUAUCACAGGCCGUAGCAACCAAGCCUAUCCAGUGCUGUUUUCAAUUAUUUACAGAUCCUGAAAAUAAGCUUUCUAAUAAGGUGAAACUUAUGAAAAUUGAAUAAGACCUGUAUAUAUCAAUGCUGGAACUCUGCAAAGAGCAUUAAGUUUAAAAACCAGACCAUGAAAAUUUAAACACC